CAACAAAAAAAAAAACACAAUGCUGCCGCAGUCGACCGUCUCCAUCACUGAGACCUCGAACGAGCUCACGUCCGAGCUCGAUUCUGCUGGAGCGGACGAGAUUGUUCGCCUGCUGCGAUGCUCAGACGCGCAGCUGUUUGGGGGAUACCGACACUACGAGGGUCUGAUGGACGAGACGACGAUCGCGACGCUCGAGCAGAUUGCCGCGUGCAUCAGCAGGAACAUUCUGCACAACCGACCGGCUGCGGGUGGCCGCGAUGCUGACGCGGCAGCCACAACGACGACGACGACGACGCGUGUGGUCAUCUCGGGCGCAGGGACAUCGGGGCGCAUGGCCUUCGUCUGCGCAUCGACAUUCAACCGCGUGCUGGAAAAGCUCGGCCUGCCAAAGCUGUUUGCAUACAUUUGUGCAGGCGGCGAUUCUGCCCUGUUCACGUCUCAGGAAGCACCAGAAGACAAUUGGCGUGCUGGCAUCCAAACGCUCGUCGAGGCCAGCCAGAAUGCCUCCAAAGUCGUAUACAUUGGCAUUACAUGUGGACUGGCUGCGCCGUUCGUUGCCGCUCAGCUCGAUUAUUGCAUGCAGCAUUUGGACGUGUUCACGCCCGUUCUGCUGGGAUUCAACCCGCUGCAUCUGGCACGGCGCAUCAAGGUCGAGCAGUGGCAUCACACGUUUGCGUCAGUUUGUGAGCAGUUGGUGCAAGUGUCCUUUCCGCAGGUUGAGGCAGCUAAGGCACAGGGCUUCAUCUUGACGCCGAUUGUGGGCCCCGAGCCCAUCACUGGAUCGACGCGCAUGAAAGGAGGCUCCGCCACCAAGAUUAUUCUGGACGUGAUGUUUGUACGCGCCUUCCAGCUCGCAAAGUUGCUUGGCGGCGGGGUUGAGAGCGCCGACCAGAGUGUCGCCGCGCUGCUGCAGGAAUGUCUCUUGGCCAUGCAAGAAACCUAUCUGCAAGCCCGUGCCAUCGGACAGGUCGUGCAGCUUGCCGGCGACUCGUUGCGCUCGGGUGGUCGCAUUCUUUACCUCGGGAGCGAUUCGCUCGGAAUCAUGGGUCUGAUUGAUGCGUCCGAAUGCGCCCCGACCUAUGGAGCAACGUAUGACGAUGUGCGCGGAUUCUUGCAUGGCUGCUUUGACACUCUUGGCAACGUGGAAGGCAAUCUUCACGAGAAGGCUGCGCCUGCACAACAGCAGCUGGCGUCCUCGCCCGGCCCGUCGUGCGCGACAGUCGGUUCGGCCACGUUCGACAUCGGGCUUGGCUCAUUCACUCGCAACAUGCUACCAACGCUCUCGCCGCGCGAUCUUGUUAUCGCCAUUGUGUCCGACAAUCCUUCAGGCCGCGACGCAGUCUACCGCACGCUCGAGGCUGCAUCCGGCCGUGGCAGCAAAACGGCUGUCAUUGCUUGCACUGGUGCAUCACCAGCCUCUGCUGCGCUGCAAUUGCCUGCCUCCGCCCUCGCGGCCGUGCGAGUGCGCUUGCAACGCACUUCUCCAAUUUCCGACGGCGGUUUGGCCGCGUCGGCACCCAUUCACCUCGAGUUUGCUGCCAAGCUUGUAUGCAACGCCAUUACCACCGGCGCGCAUGUGCUGCGCGGGAAAGUGCUCGGAAAUCACAUGAUUGAUUUGCGGGUGAGCAAUACAAAGCUCUUCCAUCGCGCCAUCGGCAUCAUUUCGAGGUUUGCGAACGUUGAUGAGGCGAUGGCUCGCGACUCGCUCGUCCGUUCCAUUCACACUGACAGCAGUGCUCUCAGUGAAUUGGCCAACCUGGACAUCUCCGAGCAUGUUCGAGUUGCCACGACGUCUCAACGAGUGGUUCCCCGCGCCAUCGUGCUGGCGAUUGCCGCGCUGCGAAACCAGAACCUAUCAGCGCAAGCUGCAAACGCAAUGCUCGACUCCCAUCCAAUCGUGCGCGAUGCUGUGCGUCAUUUGCUCAACCCGUCGCGCCCAUAAACUGUGAACUUGUUGGAUUCGUGUGUCAAUCUAAUUAUGAUCAAUAGAGGGG